GUCAGUUUAUGCACAGCCUUUGCGGAGUGUGCCGACACACCAGGCAGCCAGCAGUAGUAGAGAGAGUACAGUGAGUACGCGCGGAGUGUGAUUAACGUUGUGGUGGGAUCCGCUAGCCAUCCAAAAAAAGAGGUGGGACAACCGAUUGAUCGUGUUUGCGUGCCCCGCACCACCAGAGCUUCCCGGGAGGGACAACCCAACACAAACACUCCAGCAUCCAUAUCCCAAACGCCCCUUAGGCCGGUUGGGGUUUGUUGCGCAAGAUCUAGCCCGGGCUUUUGCCCGCACUCCCCGGCACGCCACCGGCUCGUUAACGCUCCGUGCCUGCUCCGCCAGCUUGGAAACUGCAUCCAAAAGUGGUGGUUGCGUUGUGUGCAGUUUUUGAAGUUCAGUUUUAUCACACACCGAGGUGUACCGGCAGAAGUAAGACCCCGUGCCACGAGAGACUCACACAGUGUGCAGUGUGUGCUCCCCAAAUCGUUUGUUGGCGUGCUUUGCGUGUGCAGGUCCUUGCAGAAUAGCGCGACGGCAGGAAGUGCGCGGUUCGUUGCGCAAUCCCGACGCGACACAGACACUUUCAAGGACCCCGCAUCGGGUGUGUGAUGUAAUAGCCUGCCCAGCCAAGAACUCACCGACUUUCUUUAACCUUCCUUUCGCGGUUGGCCGUUUUAUCCCUCACUCAUACCCUCCUUUCACACACGCAUGAUUCAUUGGCCCGACCGCAGCACGAGACGAGUCGUGCGGUUUUCGGUGAAGCUGAACUGACUGGGUAAAUGUCAAUCAAUUCCGCAUGUGUGUGUGUAACCCAUUUCCCGCAUCGCAAAGUAUUGGCAGCGUGCUUGCAGUUAAAUAACCUCGUGCGCUUGCGUACGUUUUGAGUGAGCUGGGAAGAAAUUUAAACUUAAACUCACGGGCUGCGCAAAACCAUACGCGCGUGCAGCAGUGCCAACGGUUGGCAAAUGCGGUGCGGUGCCGCGGUAUUGCAAGCAACGUUCGUGUUGGUGAAAAAUGCAUAAAAACACACAGUGACAUCGAAUCGAGAGAGAGAGAUAGAGAGAGAGAAUAUGCCAAAGUGUGUGAAAGUGUGUAUUGCACAGUAGGCAGAGGGGAAAAGAAGUGCAAAACCCAAGCAAACAUUGCAGCCUGUCAUAAGUCGAAAUAAUCGAGUGUGCAUUGAAAAGGCUGCCAGAAGGCUCCAACUGAAGUGAUCCAAAACAAACGAUCAAGGAAGAAGCUUCUUCUGCUGCUGCUGCUGGUGAUAAACUUUAUGCUUUGCGUGAUUUCGACGGAAGAUAGAUAACACACAAAGAAAGUUACAACGCGGUGUAUACUAGUGUUUUUGUGUGUGCGUGCGUGUCUGAAAAAAGGUUCAAUUUAGACGAACAGCAACCACCCAUCAACACACGAUGAGCUUUAACACCUUCAUGCAGAUGACCAACAGUUGGGAGGCUGCUCGGGCUUCACUAGGCUCCCUCUCUGGUAGCAGUAGUUCGGGCAAUUCCAACAUUACGCUGCGGCACGAGCCGCAUCACCACACGAAACAGAACCAAUCGACGAUGGCCAAGUACAAUGCACCCUCGGGGCCCGUAUCGCUCUCCGCCUUGAUAGAGGCAGCCGCUCCACCACCACCGACAUCGGUACCGCUAGAAGUGGCCAACAACGAGCCGUACGAUUACUUCGACACCACCGUCAAUGCCAAUGCCAUCGCGGAACGGACCAACAGCUUGCGGCGGUUGCGAAGGGCCGGCUAUGCUAAUCGUAGCUUCAUGUACCACGGGGAAUAUCCCCCGAUCGCCGGAAUGGUAGACGACGGAUACGAUGACGAUACGGGUGGUGGUGGUGGCGGUGGACGUCUUCCAUACUACGUUGAGCCGACGUACCGUUCGCUCGAGUACGAUCGCCGGCAGCGGCGCCGGCACAGCGUGCAUCAGCUGGCCAACUUUAACCCUUCGUCGAAGCUGGACGAUCUGAGGCAGCGGUUCGACGAGUACAGCUCAUCGGCCGCGGUGCCGAGGGGAGCGUACUACGGCUACUACACGCUCGAUCGCCACAAGAGCCGACAGCCUCGACCAAUGGGACCGGUAAAUCCACCACCGCCACUGGCACCGGCCAUCGCGUACGGGAAGGCGUUCUCCUUUGGGCAGAGCGCGGCCCGGUACAGCGGGAGCCGAUCGCUCGACCGCGUGCUGGUCGAGGAGGAACGGGCGGACAAGCGCAAGGGACCGAAGCGCGGUUCCCGCUCGUCGCAGGGUUCCACCGAUAGUAAUAAUAGUACACAUAGUGCAUCAUCCGGGUCGCUACUGCUGACGGUAGCAAACCUUGAGAACUUUGCCAAAAUACAUCGUAAAACAACUGCCGGCGGUGGCGGCGGCUCCAAGCUGGACGGUGCCGGCAGCAGCCGAACACUCGAACGAUACCUCUCCUCGACGCUCGAUCUGGUACCGCACCCGCAUCCCGGGACGCUUGGGCGGCGAUCGCGCUACAACAGCAACAUCCUGCUGCACCAUCAAGAGGACGACGACGUUGACGUUCAUCAUCAUCCGGCCGACCAUGCGGCGAUCGACUAUCGCAAGGAUGGGCAUGCGAUCGUACCGAUCGAUGAGAUUUCCAUCGACGAGGGCGAAACAGGUGGUGGAAGCGAACGGCAGCUACAGCUUGCCACUGUCGGGGGAGCGGGCGGUGGCGGCGGUGGGCCCAGUCUCGUGUCGCCGUUCCGUUCGCUGAAGGGCGGCAAGGUGGACCCGGACUCGGUGUCCGUUGCCAGCUCGACGCACUUCACGAUGGUGAACGGGAUCGGUGGACCGCAGCGCGUGAUCAAGACCGGGAUCUGCUCGAGCGGGGGCCACCAGAUCACGGUACUGAUCAUCACGAUGAGCAUCAUCUUCAUGAUCGGUAUCUGUUCGGCUGUUUUCCUGCUCGAAAUGCGUGCCAGGGAAAUGCCAAAAUAACGACUUUCGUUUCAUCAUCAUCAUUCGUUCGCACCACCAGAAGAUACGAGAGAGAGUGAGAGAGAACCGCAGGAAGGAGUUUACGAUUUACAUUCGAAGUAGAUUUAGCAAUCAAAAACUGAUAGAUUAAGCGCUAUCGCCCUGCAACAACGCGUUGCCAUAUGGAGUUAAUAAGAGUUAUAGUUAUAGCGUAUACACAUAGGAAGAGACUUUUAGCUACUUUUUGCUAUCCCCAAGCCCUACUUUUAGACCGAUCUAUGUGUGACUUACACAGUCAUGUUAGCAAGCGACGGACUACUUCCCGAUAGAAGCAUACUUUUCACACAACUGUUAUGCGUAGAGAACGACUUUUUUCACACUUUUCCUACUGCUAGGUCGAUAAGAGACAUAACAAUGUAGCGUUUUUUUAUAUAUCGUGCAUGAUUUCAUGGUGAGGAACGGUAUUAAAUCACAAUCAACUAGAGAUCGGCGAACGUCCACGAGAAUUGUUGCGAUACUCUAGCGUUGUGUUAGACUCGCUUAGGGCAUAGUAAUUGUAACGAUAAAAAUGAGUUAGCAUGCGCUCUACAACAUGCCAAAAUGCCAAAAGCCUCUCAAGCAGCAGAACAUGUUUUUCCUCUCUACAAGCACUACGAUCAACUUUUACCAUUUUUAAAGCGUCCUCCUCCAACGUAUCUGCCUAAAACUAUCCAGUUUCGUGUUUCACUGAUUCAGUUCUGUGAUAUUUAUUAAAUUAUUUAACUUAUGUUGAGAGGAUAAAGAAAUGAUUAAGGAAAAAAACAUGAAGUUCGCAGUGUUUUGACGUCGCUGGCCCGUACCAGUUGAAAUAUAAAGAAAGAUUGAAUAUAUAAAAU